AUCACCGUCGUGGUGGAAGAGCUGGACGGCCUGACGCCUAACGAAAUGUUCGAGGCGGCCAACCUCUAUCUGGGCACCCUGCUAUCUACCUCUACGCGACGAAUCAAAGUCAACAAGCCCGAAAAGGAGAAGCAGUUGCUGGUCACUAUAGACAAGAACCAAGGGCUCGUUGAUUAUUUCAAAGGCGUCAACUUCAAGUGGGUUUUGGUCACCAGCCAAAAACCAGCCUCCAAUGGCAAACGUGAGGAUCAUUCACAGUCCGAGGUUCGACAAUUGGAGCUCAGCUUCCAUAAGAAGCACAGGGACAUGGUGCUCAGCUCUUACUUGCCCUACAUUCUGAACAAGUCCAAAGAAAUCAAAGAGGAGAGAAAAGUGGUGAAGCUCCACACAGUCGACUAUAACGGCACUGACUAUUGGGGUUCCAUAAACCUUGAUCAUCCGGCGACUUUCGAUACCAUGGCGAUGGACCCGGAGAUUAAGAAGGCGUUGAUUGAGGACCUUGAUCGGUUCAGAGAGAGGAAGGAGUAUUAUAGGAGAGUAGGCAAGGCUUGGAAACGCGGGUACUUGCUGUUUGGACCGCCCGGCACUGGUAAAUCAAGCUUGGUUGCAGCCAUGGCUAAUUAUCUGAAAUUUGAUAUUUUUGACUUGGAUUUGAAGGAAGUUCAAUGCAAUUCUGAUUUGAGAAGGUUGUUGAUUGGCACCAAGAGCCGAUCCAUAUUGGUCAUCGAGGAUAUAGAUUGUUCAGUUGAGUUGCAAAACAGGGAUGCUGAGAAUGAACCCAAAACUGUUGAAGACGACAAGAUUACCCUCUCUGGUCUAUUGAACUUCAUUGACGGAUUGUGGUCAACCUGUGGAGAGGAGAGAAUCAUUGUGUUCACCACAAAUCACAAGGACCGACUUGAUCCAGCGUUGCUGCGACCUGGUCGGAUGGACCUGCACAUCCACCUGUCCUACUGCACCUUCAGUGGUUUCAAGACAUUGGCAUACAAUUACUUGCGGAUUCAAGAGCACCCACUUUUUGGAGAUAUUGAGAAGUUGCUAGAUUAUUACAAGGCACAAGCAACACCUGCUGAAGUUGCUGGAGAGCUGCUGAAGAGUGAUGAUGCUCAAGUUUCCCUU